UCAGCUCAGGAGCAGCAGCAUCUCUGACGCCAUCUGAGGCUACGAGGCACAGCACUGAUCUGCAGUCAGCGGGGAGGCAGCAGGGGGAGGCGCACAGGAGAGGUCGUGAGGUGUCUUCAGAGGCGAGAUAGAGAGAGAGAGGGAGGCAUCGCUCCAGAGUUACAGCAGACCUUCUCCACACUCGGAGGCUGACCCACAGUGCACUUUCUCUGGCUGAAGACGGAGGGACCUUUCCCCCUAAGAGAGGAGUGCAGCCAUGGAGGAGAUGCUCACCUGCAGCCGCAGCCCUUUCUCCCAGGUGUUCGGGCGGCAGGGUCAGCUCAUGCAAGCCACCGUGCAGUCUCUGAACAGCAUUAAUGACCAGAUUGCAAGCUUCAUUGUGACUGGACCCAAGCCUGUGGAGCCGGACCAGCCUGUGUUCUCUCCUCCUGAGAAGGAGCCGCUGCAGAAGUCCAUGACGCUGAUGAGGCACCUCCUCGUGGACGCACAGGCAAAAAUCCUGAAAAUGAUGGAUGACAACAAGCAGCUGGCUCAGCGCAUCGAUGGGGCCAUUCAGUCCGCCAGCCAGGAGGUGACCAACCUGCGGUCCGAGCUGAGCGCCACCAGCCGCAGACUGGCCGAGCUGGGGGCCACCGACUCGGGCAGCAUGCUGGAGACCCUGCAGCACAACCACAACGACCCCUCUUCCUGCCCGAGGCAGAAAUCUCCGGCCACUGACCUCUGCUACAAGACUGAAAUCAGCAGUAUGAUGGACUUUAACUCCCCAGACGCUUCUCUGGACAAAGUCCUGCUGCGCGAGGAGGUGGCCCAGCUCCAGGAGGAGGUGCACCUGCUGCGGCAGAUGAAGGACAUGUUGAGUAAGGACCUGGAGGAGACCCAGGGGAGCUGCUCCGCCGACGUGCUCUCCGCCACCGAGCUCCGCGUGCAGCUGGCCCAGAAGGAGCAGGAGCUGGACCGGGCCAAGGAGGCUCUGCAAGCCAUGAAGUCGGACCGUAAGCGUCUGAAGGCGGAGAAAGCAGACCUGGUGAACCAGAUGCAGCAGCUUUACGCCACACUGGAGAGCCGGGAGGAGCAGCUCCGCGACUUCAUCCGCAACUAUGAGCAGCACAGAAAAGAGAGCGAGGAUGCGGUGAAGGCCCUGGCCAAAGAGAAGGACCUGCUGGAGAGAGAGAAGUGGGACCUGCGGCGGCAGACCAAGGAAGCCACGGAGCACACGGGGCUGCUGCGAUCCCAACUCGACCUCAAGGAGAACCGCAUCAAGGAGCUGGAGGCUGAGCUGGCCAUGGCCAAACAGUCUCUAGCCACUCUGACCAAGGACGUGCCAAAGCGUCACUCUCUGGCCAUGCCCACGGAAACGGUUGUCAACGGCAACAACCAGGAGUGGGUGAUGCACGCUGAUCUUCCCCUGACGGCUGCCAUCAGACAGAGUCAGCAGACCCUCUACGUCCACACGGGGCAUGCCACUGACAGACAAGUGGCGGCCGUGCGGGUCAGCCCGUGCCACUCGCGCCAUUCCUCCAUCAUCUCCGACGCCUCGGCGCUGGAGGGGGACCGGUCGUCCACGCCCAGCGACAUCAACUCCCCACGCCACCGGACUCACUCCCUCUGCAAUUCCCUAGAAGAUCUGGAGGAGGCGAAGCGAAAGAAGAAGAAAGAGAAGAUAGGCCUGGGCUCUCUCUCGCGUGUCUUCGCCCGGGGGAAGCAGCGCAAGUCCCUCGACCCUGGUUUGUUUGAUGGUACUUCCACGCCUGAUUAUUACAUAGAGGAAGAUGCAGACUGGUAAAGCACACAUGUCCGAGCGAGGCACCUGGAGAGCCUUUGUGGCCAUUAUCAGAGGACUGCAUUGUGUUGUGUGAGAGAGGAUGGGUGUGUGUUUGAUGUCAGUGUGUACAGACAUGAUAAUGUGUGCACUUUCACACGCAUGCAUACAAUACUGUAUGUGUGUGCAUGCGUGUGGUGUCCAUGGUCAGAGGCCAUGUCAGAAGCCGGAGGCAGGUCUUGCUUCGCUGAAGUGUAAACCUUUACAAGCAAAUUGCACCUGUAUGUAUGUCCAGUCCUGUAAAUAGUGUGAGACAGCGACCAUGUGGAUAUGUUCUAUUGUAUCUGCCCUUCAAAAAACAGCUGUGUUAGUGGAUCUUUUAAUUGUUCUCUACAUUUUGACUUUUUGUUUUCACUCAACUGGAAACUUGAAGGACUGCUGUACUUGUAAAUAACAACAAUUGACGUGCGUGUAAAUGUCUCCUUGUCCUGAAUGCCUUUUUUGUUAUUUUUUUAACAUGUACCCCCCCCUCUCACUACAUUCUAACUUGAACUCCUCCCUGUUUAUUGUCCUGCCUGGCCCAUCCCCCUUCCUUCCACACUGCCAUGAUGAGAACAGUUUCCUGUCGGCAACAUGCAGACUCCUCAAAUCCGCCUCUAAUUCGGUUGUACAACACAUCCCUUUACCGCCAUGAAAAGUGUGCAAUCCUUGAUGUUCGCUAGAUAGAAAGUACAUGUGUCACAUGCAUGCACAUAGUCCCAGUCCCCGAAUGCAUGUUGAGCAAACCCUACUAAACAGACAUGUCUUUCUCUGAGUAUGUUGUGGAGGAGUAAAAAAGAAAAGAGACAGGCCAGUUACUGAUUUAGUAAUGUGUAUUCAUUAUUUUCUCUCAAAUUAGAUACGGGAAAACAUUCUGAUUAAUGUUCAAACAUAGGAUAUUUCCGUCCCCACCACAAGGCUGCUUAUGCUAAAUUGCAUUUGAAAUAUUAAAGGUCAGCAAAGUCAACAGUCACAAAGAAAACACAGUGCUAAACUUUAAAAGAUUAAAUAAUUAUGUCACUUAUUCAUGAGAUAUUGUGCCAUUGUUUUCUACAGUAGCUUGUAGCUAUGGUUUUAUUAAUAUAAGAAUGAAAUGCUUUUGGGAGUAGAGUUUAAAAAAAAGAACCCAUAGCAUAAGUAAGCAUGAACAUCACGUAUUCUAUCACAGCAGAUAAUAAAAGGAUGGUCAAGGCUUUUCAAACCUCAGGAAUUAGCUAUUUCCACCAGAAAAUCUGAAUUUCAAUUGAGUGGCCUGAGCAGACAUUAAAUGAACUGUUAUAACAAUAACAAGUGCCCACCCAGGAGGUUAAAAAUCAGAUUUAAGCGGGCUAAUCAAACUGAAGCAAAUGCAUACAUGACCCCCUAAAUUCUGAUUCCGAGUUCAGGCCGUUGCUGCAAAAAGCAAUUAACUCCGUGCCAAAGGUUAAUAGUGUUUCUUCAGGCAAAAGAAUGACUACAGACGCUGGAUUAUUUUCCAUCCUUUCAUUGGAUUGAGCCGGAGUCUGCACUGCCACCCCCAGGAAAUCAUUUCUCUCCCUGAUAUUAAACUAAUACUGGGUAUGUGUCAGUCUCAUCUGAAACACUAUAGAGUCACAGAUUACAUUGGGGCUGCAUUUAAACACAGUGCUUGUCAAAAAAGCGCCUAUGUAAGCAGUGAGGAGAUUAUCAUUUAACUCUUAGUUCAACCCACAUUUGACCCGGCAGAUAUAGGAUUUAGACGUAAAUCACUAAGGUAAUUUAUAGAUUAAUUAACCAUGUAUUAAAUGUAUGUAUAGGAAUAACAGCUUUCAGAGAUUUCAUUAAGCCUUGAAUGAAAUGUAUGAAAAUCUAGGCUAUUUUUAUUUUUUCAUUUAACUGACCCCUGCUGACGGGGGAAAAACAUAUCAAAUGAAAACAUUGUAUUAUUUUUAUGUUAUGAGCCACUGUAUCUGUUUAUUUUUAUUUUACAGAAAUAUUUUACUUUUUGUAAAUGAGAUAACAUUACAGAAAUAAAAUUAAUAUUAUUAUUAUUAUUAUUAAAGAGUUUUUAUUUAAAGUCAAAGAUGUAGGCCUCGGUGGAGGACUUCUAUUGUGAGGUCCUGAGAUGUUUAGAAGUGGAUAGUAGCGAACUUUUAAGGCAUGGCAACAAAAUUACCCUCUAAAGAACUAAAUGAGAAAAUAAGAUUAUUUUAAAAUAAAAGAAGUAACGUUGAACUUU